UUGAUUGAAGCACACAAAGCCUGCAUGCGCGCACUUGGAUUCAAGAUCUAAGCGUGCAAACGUUCAUUUCCCUACUCCUGGACACAAAGACUUUCCACAAUGUUUAAUAUUAUUCGGAGUAAAGUGAAUUCCUCCUUUUUGAGGAGAGUUGGAUCCGUCCAUUCACCUCAACCCAUCUCCGGGUGCAGAGCUCUCUCUGUAUCUGGAGUAGAUCGGAAAACCUUUGAACCAGAUUAUUUGGACAGUUCAGUUCCACAGAUUCCAACCUACCCAGAAAUUAACAUUCAGAUGAAAGGAUACGACUUUGGUGUCCUUGAAUCCUACCAAUCCUUUGUACACAACCUGGCGGAGAAUAUGGGAGUUAAUGUUUCUAACUCCUGGGUCACCCCAGCUAAAUCAUACAUGAUGUCCACAUAUCAUCCUGGAGGAACUAGAGUAAAAUCUGAAUAUUCACUCAAUUUGUAUGAACGAAACGUUCAAGUUGUUAAUCUAAGGUCUAUAGAUGCUCCUAUCCUGAUAGACAGUAUACGGGCUGCUCUACCGACUGGUGUUCAGCUAUCCUUGCACCCUCACCGGCAGGAGCACUAUGAGGAGAGAUUCAUCCCUGAUCCGUUCAUCAACAGUAUCCGGUCUGAACUGGCAGCUGGAGAUGAGCAGCUUGAAGCUGCCAAGGCGGAGAGAGAUGCAGCCAACGCCGCCAAGGCAGCUCGUAAACAAGCUGCCAUUCUCCAAUCCCUGGAGGAUGAUGAUGAUUAUUAAAUCUCAAGGCGGAGGACAGGAUUUGUUAACCUGAAGACAAUAAAUUAUUUCAAUCUGAUUUCAAUAUGCAGGACCCAAUCUGGGUUCAAAAUACCGGAUUCAACCUGAUUCAAUAUGCCCCGGAUCCAACCUGGAUUCAAUAUGCUGGAUCAAACCUAGGUUCAAUAUGCUGGUGAUUCAAUAUGCCGGAUCCAACCUGGAUUCAAUAUGCUGGAUCCAACCUGGAUUCAAUUUGCCGGAUCUAACCUGGUUUCAAUAUGCCGGAUCCAAUCUGGUUUAAAUAUGCAGGAUUUAACCUGUUUUAAUAUGCUGGAUCCAACUUGGUUUCAAUAUGCCGGAUCCAACCUUGAUUCAAUAUUCCGGAUUUAACCUGGCUCAACAUGCCGUUUCCAACCUGGUUCAAUAUGCCGGAUCCAACCUGGUUCAAUAUGCCGGAUCCAACCUUGUUCAAUAUAGCCGGAUCCAACCUGGUUCAAUAUGCCGGAUCCAACCUGGUUCAAUGUGCCGGAUCCAACCUGGUUCAAUAUGCCGGAUCCAACCUGGCUCAAUGUGCCGGAUCUCCGGUGUUAACUAUUCUAUUGUUAAUCUGACACUUUACUGUAGUUUAUAGUCUCAUAUGUCAUUGUUAUUGUUUGACAAUAAAAUCUAGUCUUCAUUUU